GAUCCGGCGCGAGCGCGUCGCCGCCGCUAGCGCCAUCUUUUAUUUGUUUAUCAAACUUUCAAAUUGUACAUCAAAUAUUGCACAACAUUGAAAUUACAGACUUUUAAAAAAACUUUGAAUAAAACCCGUUUAAAACAAAUGUCUAAGUGAUUAUUUUAUUGUGUUUUGUGUUGACUAUAAAAUAAAUUUCUAACGAUUAACGUAAUCUAGACAGGAUUUAGUAUCAUUAAUGAACUUUCUAUUUUGUUAAACGAAUCAAUUGGAUGUGAAUCGAAUGGCGCUGAACGACAGUUUUCUACAUAAACUUUCUCCGAUACAUGAUUGGGUGACAGUGUAAUACAUGUGCUAAGUGAGUGAUGAGGUGCAGUGUAGUGUCACCACAAAUGCGGCGGCGACGGUUUCCCCCCACCGCCGUGCAGUGACCACGCAGCCAUGCUGACACAGACGUUGUGGAUAUUCCUGACAGGAUGCUUGGCGUUCGCAUCGCCUCAAAUCAUCGCCGACCUGCAGAAUCUGCAGAACCUCCUACAAGUUCAGCGGGUAUGGUACGCGAGGGUCACGGACCCCAAGGGCACGGAAGUGGCCAGGGCGUUCAUGGACGCCAAGGGGGACCAGGCCGUCAAAUAUUACCUGGACACUCGCGGCCCUCCCACGCCCUUUGCGAUCAACUCUCGCACAGGAGUCGUCACUGUCAAUGAUACACUUAUCGAUAAGGAAAACAAAACGUACUUAUUAUGGGUUUAUGCAGACGAUGGCACUAUACCAAAAAAGACAGAAAUUUUGGCUUUAAUCACCGACGCCAGUGGAAGUAGGAAAAAAGUCCCGAGCCCCCCACCUUUCCCUCCUAAUUUCCCAGACCUCUUUCCUCGUCCAAUUUCAAUGGGGACACCGAUUCAACCACCAACCAAAGUAACUGAUGAAGUUUUUGAAGAAACUACAGUACCUGAUAUAACUACAACUGUGACAUCAGUUCAAACAACUGUUAAAAUAGAAGACCGUAACGAGACACACAGAGACAAUACGAGUAUAAUAAAAGAAGUAAACGACCCAACAGAAUCUCCUGAUGUAAAUAAUAAUGAUGUGUCGUUUGCUACUAUUAUACCGUUGAUUGCUAUAGGUGGACUAAUCGUUAUUGUAGUAGCAGUUAUUAUCUUUGUUUGGAAGAGGAAUCAUGGACAGAAAGAACCGAGCAAGAAGGAUGAUAUGACCAAAGAUUCGAGUGGCAUCGUUCUUCAAGAGCCGACCUUGAACUGGGAGCGGCCGCGGGCCUACUCCAACCGGUACGAGGCGUGGGACAACGGCCAUUUGCAGUUGUCAGAAGAGACCACGAUCACGAAGGAUGAACCGAGCGACGAGUGGGAGUUCCCUCGGCACCGACUGAGAAUCUUCAACAUUGUGGGCGAGGGCGCCUUCGGCCAGGUCUGGCGUGCCCAAGCCAUCGACAUCGAUGGUAAGAAAGGCGAGCAGACAGUGGCAGUAAAGACGCUGAAAGAAAACGCGUCAGAGAAGGAGAAGACAGACCUCGUGCAAGAACUGAUAGUGAUGAAAAACCUCGGCACCCAUCCCAAUGUAGUCAGGCUCAUAGGUUGCUGCACUGAAAAGGAGCCAACCCUAGUAAUAAUGGAGUUCGUGAGCCUCGGAAAGCUCCAGCAGUUUCUGCGAGACUCCCGAGCAGAGCGGCACUACGGCAACACUCACGCCGGGAGCCAGUUCCUCACCUCGCGAGACCUCACCCACUUCGCGUACCAGGUGGCGCGGGGCAUGGACUUCCUCAGUUCUAAAGGGAUAAUCCACCGGGACCUCGCAGCGAGGAACGUGCUAAUCACAGAGGAGCGCAUGUGCAAGGUGGCAGACUUCGGUUUUGCGCGCGAUGUGGCUGGCACGCACGUGUAUGAGAGGAAGAGCGAUGGCCGCCUGCCUAUUCGGUGGAUGGCUCCAGAAUCGCUGUAUGAUGACAUAUUUAGUGUUAAAUCUGAUAUCUGGAGCUUCGGUGUUCUUCUGUGGGAGAUCGUCACACUUGGAUCCACGCCGUAUCCUGGAUUGUCCGCUGGUGACGUAAUGAGAAAGGUUCGCGAAGGUCACCGCCUCGAAAAACCCGAGCACUGUCGCCGGGAGCUGUACAACAUUAUGUACUACUGCUGGGAGGCCGAGGCCUCCUCCCGCCCAGACUUCAAAGAAGUUGUCUCCAUGCUUGAACGGCUGCUGUGCACAGAAACCGACUACAUAGAACUGGAGAGGUUCCCCGACCAUUCAUACUAUAACGUGCAGCAUUUGGACGGAGAGAAACUUUAGCAAUUUGAAUUUGUAACUGUGCGAAUGAGCGGACUCAAUUAUGAUAAUGUUAUGGAAAUUUACUCGAGCGUUUUUCUGCACGCAUUUGAGAUAAUCUUGGAUGUAAAACAUUCAGCUGUAAACACAGACCACCGCUACUAGACAGAACAGUCAAGCCAACUUAAAGUCCUCACACAUAAAAACUCUCAUAGUAAUUAAGUAUGGGUAAGCAACUGCUAGAAUAUUUAUAAGAACAUAGUUUUAGGGUUCAACCUGGGCUGUUGUACAGUCAGCUGCAGAGAAAAGUAGAAGGUACUGUAUAAGUAGGUAGCCCGUGCCCAGCCCAGCGCCGCCGUGUAGCCAUCUUCUAUUUCUGAAUUGAUUUUAAUAAGAGGAGUAAUGUACUAUGUAAUAAUUCAGUUUGCAACUUCGUACAAUUAUUACGAUGCGCGAACAAACUAUGGAUAUGCGGCGUUGCAAUCGGGAAUUAUAUUGGGGCUAGAGCAGUCUAGCAACGUUGCAUUUUAAGUAACAGAACAUUUACAUUCAUUCAAUUAGUUGCGAAAAGCCUUCACGACUACUACUCACAUUAUUGUAUACAAAUUUGUAUGCAGGGGUCUACUUUUCUCUGCAGCUGACUGUACUAUGUAACUAUUAUACUAUGUAAAAUAAAAUUGUUCAUGUGUCUGGUGACAGUGGUCACCACGCGCUCGUUGUAAACCUUUUUUUUAAUACUACGUCGGUGGCAAACAAGCAUACGGUCCGCCUGAUGAAAGCGGUCACCGUAAUAGGUACAUGGACCUUCAGAAAGCAGUGUUUAUGUAGUCUGUGGCUAAAUGAACUUUUUAUUGCUGAAUAUAAAAGGCACUUAGAGUACGCAGCUGAAUGUAGAUCGUGUUGUGCGAAUUUUGAGAUGCCUGGAGCUACUUUAGAA